AUGCAUAUUGAACAUGUCGACGAGUUCACAUCCUGGCUUAUAGCCGAGUUGACUCCAGUUUGUGACGCUGAGCCGGGGACACUGGCAAAGUACGUUCUGGCCUUGCUCCGUAAGCCUAACAAGUCUGACGAAGAGAUGCGUGCAUUUAGUAGCAGUCAGUUGGAAGUGUUUCUGCAAGGAAAUACGAAAAAGUUUGUGGACAAGAUGUUUGCUGUGCUAAAAGAUGGUUCUUAUGUACCAAAAAAGGAACCAUCUCCCAUUCCCGAGGAAGUUGUGAAGGAAAGAGUUGCAAAAAGAGAGGAAGUUAGGAAGAAGGAAAGAGAGGUGCCGGAGCCGAAGCCUUCGCGAGAAUCCGCUCGUAGUAGCGAUCACAGUGAUGACCGUCGUAAGCCUAUUCCUGAAAAAGUGCCGAAGAAAGAAGACUUGCCACCACCCAUACGAAACGAAAGACCUCCUCGCAAAAGGAUCAGUCCACCGCCUACCGAUACCGUGAAGAGAGAUAUCCGUGAGACCGUACGCGAUGGCAGGGAACCGUUGAGAGAACCAAGACGUCGUUCACGCUCAAGAUCACCUCAUCCCAAAGCGGCGGACGAAGUAGAUCCCCCGAACGUCGAGAUCGUCGGUCUCCGCGCUGUGAUGAACGCAGAAAGAGGCGAUGUCGUGAUUACGACGAGAAAGGAUAUUGCAUGCAGGGAGAUCACUGUGUAUUCGAUCACGGUCCUGAUCCUUAUUCCACCUCCUGGCUAUCAUCCUCCUAAUCCGCCACCACCGGGCGUAGAGCCUAUUUUUACAGGACCUCCUCCUGCACCAAGGCCUGUUGAAGGAUACAAUCCGGAAGCUCCAUCAUUAAGCGGCCCCGAUUUCUCAAUGCCACCUCCACCUCUGCCUGUUCCAAUAAAUACGGCUCCGUGGCGGCCGAGUCCUUAUGCUGUGCCCACUACUGCUAAUGUUGUUGUUCCCACGGGCGUCCAGCGUUCCGUACUGAACUCCGGCGUUAAUGUUGACAAGCCUGCUUCUGAAGGAGCUCCGCCGCCAGCACAGCCUCCUAAGAUGGCAACUAUUGAGAACUCGAAAUUUGUCAACCAGGAGUUGAAGGAAACUCGUGAGAAGAUUAUAGAAGCAAAACGCAAACUGAAAGCUGAGAAGUUAAAAACGGAGGGCGAUACUCUGGAGCCUGCUGAAAAGAAAAAGCUCCUAGGCGUUGUUAAAAAGAUGAUGGAUAAAAUUACUGCAGGAAGGAAGGAGAUUCAUGAUCUCUCGGCAAAGCUGAAGAGCUGCACUGAGAGCAUUGCUGAAUUGGAGAAAGUAAUUGCGUCAGAAACAACAUCCCAUAAAGAAAAGAGCUCCAACAGUGAUGGGAGGGAUAGUGGCGACGUCGAUGCAAAGCGCGUUUCCACAGUGGUUGCAGUAAGGCGUGUUAAGGCCGUCAUGGAUGGGGGAUUGUUCAAAGGAGCGAUGCUGGAUGUGACAUGGCAUCGGCGCUCUGGAGGCUCUGGUGAAAAUUCGCCAUUAAGUGCAGACAAGAUGCUAGCCAGCAUACUACAGAGUGAG